AAUUCCUAGAGAAGGUCUUGACAGUUGCUGGGGAGAGUAUUGCUCGAGGAGGAAGAGGACUCCAGAGUUCCAACAUGGCGUGGCUCCAGCUGGUGGAACAGGGCACGCAUCAUUAAGGAUAUGGCAAAGAAAGCUCUGGAAGGCGUCAGAAAUCAGCUUGCUGGAGAAGUUCGUAAACCCGUAUCUCACAAGAAGAAGCCACCACCACCGAAAAAGUCCCAUUCUAAAAAACCUACACCAAGUACGUCGCGGUUUGACGGCGCCGGUUCCGACUUCGCAUCUAUUGCGACGCCGGGCGCAGAUGGAGAUGGUGGAGGAUGGUCCAAUUCAACUGUAGAUGCUGGGAAAGCAAAGAAAGGCGCUUCGAUGGAGAAGCUAGUGAGUAUGGACGAGGACUCCCAAAGUGAAUGGGAAUUGCAGGGUGGUGCUGGUGAAGGCAAAAUGGAUGGACAAGAUGAGGGAUCAGGUAGCUCACUGUCAACUAGCAGUUAUUUCUUAAGACGAUAUGAAGAUGAGGGAAUAUGCAGUAGUGAUGCCUAAACCCUGGCGACGGCCCGCUGUCGAUCUCGAUCUCCAAUGGUGAUAGCGUGCUAGGACCACAUAGUUGCCGACCACCUGAGACUCGCUUUGACUCUGCUGGUAAAGAGGCCUCACUCCAACUCUUCUUCACCAACCUAUCAGCCUACUAGUGUAAUGCGUGGCAAGAACUCCAAAGUGAGACAUCGAAAGAUGAUUGUCAAGACUUGUUAUAAGAGAUUACACCAAUAA